AUAUUGAUAGAUCUGUAGUUUAUAGAUGGUGAUUAAAAUAAUAGAUAAUAGAGAAUUUUAACGGGCGAUUAUUUUACCUAUUGUCCUCUUCCCUUAUUUUAUUUUUGAGGGAAGCAUAGUGCUACUUUCUGUUGGUACGAAGUUAGAGUCCUGAAUGGCAAUUGAACCUGAGACCCUCGCUACAGCGGCGCGGUAUAUAACAGUCAGCUCUACACCAACAAAACAUUAUGUCAGAACUUUCAUUCCAUAAAUUAAUUGAACUCGUAAAAGGAAGUGGAUAACCCGGUUAAUGCAGUCAGGUUUUUCGGAGAAAGUAGUUAAAGUUGAAUAUUAAUGAAACCGAUAAAGGAUUACCUAUAGAAAGUUAGUAAUUAAGUUUAAAGUUGCUUAACAGCAGUCUUUACAAGUUUAAUAAGCUUUGUGCCAUGUCACAGAAGCAUUUCUAUAAUAUUUCGACCAUUUCCAAUUAUAAUUUCUUACCAGAUUUUGUAUCAAAAUUAAAUCGAAAAGGUUGCGGUAAGCAAGACUGUUUUUUUCUUAUUUUUAAGAUUCGGCAUAAUCUAAUGUUUCGGUUGAUUAGACAUUUUGUCCGCAGACACGCCAAGGGCGUUGAGUGAAGUUCAAGCAAGUUUCACACCUUUUUUAUUACUACAUCUAACAUAGAAAGUACUAUAUUUUCUUUCAUUUUGUUUUUUCAAAGAAAGGGUUUUCUCAUAAUAGAUUAUCAAAAUACACAAUACCAUUCUUACCUACUGCAUGUUAUAAUUUUUCAUUCUAAAAGUCGAUGUAGCUCUAAAAUUAUCUUGUAAAUGUUGGUAUUAUAUAGGUAUGUAGAGAAAAGGUAUUACGUAAAGUAGGUGUAGGUAGAUAAACCAUAAUUAUUACAUCGCAUCAAAAUAGACCUAUAAAUAAUUACAACCUGCACAAUUUUUCGUAUCCACAUCUUACAGAAUACCCCUUUCAAUUGAUCCAAUCACUAUUACAAACAGUGAAAAUUAAGUUAUUGUUGUCGGAAUCGAAAUCGGAAAUCUAUGAAACGAAAAAUGAAGUCGGGCGGCACAUUUAGCAAUAAGUCCGCCGUUGCACGGAUUAUGAUAGGUAAGUAAACGUGCGAAAUGGCUCGGAAAGACUGUCGCAAGAGCCGGCCCGCCAGUUGCCCAGCUCAGCCUUGCGAAAUGGUCGUAUCUAAAGCUAUAUUAAAUCCCGUGCCGCCUUAAUGCGUUUCGUUUGAGACAAUAAACCAUCGAUUGCCGCCGGAACGGAACCGCGCCAAAAAAUGACGACUUUAUAAACAAUAGACAGUAAAAUGACACACAUACUGUCGCGACGUGUGAACUCACAGAGAAAGCGAUAGAUAAACACAUGUGCGUUACGCAGUACCUCAAUGUUCAUAGGAUUUAAGUUUAACGUUAAUUAAAAUGACGCAGUUAACCGUGUUAUUGUUGUUUUUGAGUGUAGUUAAGUGUUAUGGGAUGUCCAAGAGCGAAUUAGAGGAAUUUAGCGAUUUCUUGAAACGAUCUUCGGCUUUGGAUCAGAAUUUAAAAGGCGGUUUCCACUCAUCCGACGAACAUGAGGAGGUGUCAGACAACGCGUGGGAGGAGAGCGGCAAGUUCGAGGGUGACCUCAUCCUGAACGAGCGACAGAGACGGCUGAUCGUGGAAGAUGUCGCUGAAGGACUGGCUAGGAACGGGCUCAAGGAUAGCACCAAGCGGUGGCCCAAUAACGAAGUCAUCUACUACAUACAGAGGGAGCACUUUACGAGUGGGCAAGUGCAAGCCAUCAUGGACGGUAUAGAAGACCUGGCUCGGUCUUCGUGCGUCAAGUUCAAACCUUACAAAAAGGGAGACAGAGAUGCUGUGGUCAUACAGGGCAGUCGCCGCGGCUGCUUCUCGCAAGUGGGCUACCAGGGCGGGUACCAGGUGCUGAACCUGUCAGCUCGACACCCGGUGGGGCGCGGGUGCUUCCGCCACGGCACCGUGGUGCACGAGAUGCUUCACACCCUCGGGUUCUACCACAUGCAGAGCAGCCCAGAUAGAGACGAGUUCAUUGAUGUGCUGUGGGAGAAUAUUGUUCAGCCGGCGCGCCACAACUUCCGCAAGUACAACGUGUUCUCGGUGUCGGACUUCGGCGUCGGCUACGACUACGACAGCGUGCUGCACUACAGCCGCAGAGCCUUCUCCUCUAACGGGAAACCGACCUUAGUGCCUAAGCAGAGUGGCGCGCAUAUUGGCCAAAGAAUAGGACUGUCGGACAAAGACACCCAAAAACUAAACAAAAUGUACUGCGACGCCGACUCGAACACGUUUGACCAGCCGAAUGAUCACCCGAAAGUAGUGAAGAAGAGGAAGCCGAAGAAUCAGCCCUUCCAAGGCCACGGCAUCGGCUACCACCAGGGCAAAACGGUGGUCAUAAAACUACCCGCCGCCGAAACAUUCAAAUAUCCAAUAAAGCCAACCUAUCCCACUUACGAUUAUUUCAAAAAAGGCCCUGAAGAUACCAUAGAUAUAAUAAGUAGUCCCAAAGAUGCAACUACUGAUGUAUUUAAGAAAUAUAACUAUGACGAAAAGAAACCACUUUAUAAGUAUAAAACGAAUAAGAAUACUGGGAACGCUACAGUUGAAGUAAGUAAAGAUCCAGCAGAUGAUAACCGUGAAAAGAACAGUAAAGAAACGGAACAAAAUAAAGAAAUUAUAAAAAGUAAUGAAGAAACAACUGAAUCGGAUUCUACUGAAUAUAACGACAAGGCUAUAGAAAGAUUGGAUAUGAUUGUUAGAUCACAUGUUUAUCCAUCCUCCGCAGGCAAAUCCCACGGCGGGAAGAUUGAUUACAGUAAAUACUAUAAUCCUAUUAAGACGCAUGAGAGCGAAAGACAUUCCAAGAAAAUCGAUGAAUUGUUUAGUAACUCCAAACACCCAGUACAAAAUAAAUAUACUAAUAGUUUAAACGACAAAAAGGAUGAGAUAGAAAAGUUACCCCUUAAUAAUGCUUCUAGUCAUGAAGAGUGGGUUCAUCAGCCAGGUGAACCGAAUGAUCAAGAAAAAUAUAAAUAUGACGAAAUAGAUUCAACAUUUAGAACGUCGCAGCCUUUCAAAAAACAUCAGGUAGAAAAAUACCUAAAGACAAGAUACAAGAUACCGUCUGAAUUUAUUGUCAAGUACAAGGAUAUCAAAAAUAAGCAUGAUUACAGUUCCUAUUAUGACCCUGAUAGCGAUAAGGCCUUGAAUGCAGAUUCAAAAUCGAGUCGGUCGCCUUAUACGUUGUUGGGUGAAUCUGUACCAUUAUCUGAACCAUGGUAUAAAGUGGAAGAAAUUAAACCUAACUUUCAGUUCUCCACAGGUAAGGUUUCAAGUGAAUUAGAUUCAUUUAGAGAAGAUAGUGCCACUGAAAAAGAUCCAUCGCCUUAUUCUAAUUUGCCCUACCUAGAGAAAGAUCCGGAAAAAGAAAAACUUAAAACUGAAUACGGUUAUUACUCAGAUCCCGAUUCACUUGCCUAUCUUGCCAAGAAGCAAGAUUUUAGUCAGUAUUACCACGGUCCAAAGCCAAUAAAAAGUGAAAAACCAGCACCAUUUACUAAAGAAUGGUAUAAAACUCACGAAAAUGGUGAUCAUGAUGAUGAAUUGAGAAAAAAGGAGUAUGCGCCAAAAUAUACUUCACCCUCAAGUUCUUACAAAAGUUCUAAAGAAAUAAAUAAAUCAAGUGAAGGUGACGAUGACGAAUCUCGAGAAAUCAAUCACAGCGAUUCAUCUGAAGAUAAAAGUGAUGCCAAAUUACACUAUUCUGCGGAGUAUGAUGAAGAAAAAUCAGGGAGCCAAGAGGAUCCAUAUAGAGAAAAGUUAUAUGAUACUAGCAGAGAAAAGUUAUAUGAUUUUAGAAAGGAUUCAUAUAAAGAGGGCGUUGUCAAGCCUAUGAAAACCAAAGAAACCACUUAUGAUGUCACUGAGGAAAGUGACGAAUCUGAGGAAGACAGCGACCAAGAUCAGAAGAAAAUUCCACAAUCGAACGGUAAAGACGUAGAAGGUAACGACGCAUUUGACUAUCGGAAAAUGGAAGAUCGUCUUAAAGAUAUAAUGAAAAGUUACCUAUAUUAAAUAUCAUGCAUUCAUUUGAAAUGGUCGUUCGGUUGAAUGAAGGAAUUCGACCAUUUAUGUUAUGUUAGGGCACCAUUGGUGCGUUAUGUCGUCGCUUCCAUAAAAUAUAUUUUUAUGACCGUUCCUUUGCGACGACACGCAACGACGCGCGACGCGACGCAGCGUAACGUACCAAUGAGGCCUUCCCUUAAAUUGUGACAUACACCACAUGUACCAAGCUCUAACCCAAUAAAAGAUAAUAAUGUUUAAAAACUUUUUCGUUAUUUU